AUGGUCUCGUUUAGGUCUCUUCUUCUUGCCGCUUCGGCCUUGACCGCCGUACUGGGCCGUCCUUUCGACAACUUCGACGGACCUGAUGUUAACAUCACGGACGCUGGCGAGCUCCUUGAGAGACGGCAGGUGACUGCCAACUCGGAGGGCACCCACAACGGUUACUUCUACUCCUGGUGGAGUGAUGGCGGCGGCCAAGUGACGUACACUAUGGGCGCGGGAAGCCGAUACUCCGUGACGUGGAAGGACACGGGCAACUUUGUCGGCGGCAAGGGUUGGAACCCCGGCACAGGCCGCACCAUCAACUACGGAGGUUCGUUCAGCCCGCAAGGCAACGGCUACCUCGCCAUCUACGGCUGGACCCGCAACCCUCUGAUCGAGUACUACGUCGUCGAGUCCUACGGCACGUACAACCCCGGCAGCGGCGGCCAGCUUAAGGGCACCGUCACGACCGACGGCGGCACCUACAACGUCUACGUCUCGACGCGCACCAACCAGCCCUCCAUCGACGGCACGCGGACCUUCCAGCAGUACUGGUCCGUACGCACCUCCAAGCGCGUCGGCGGCGCCGUCACUAUGCAGAACCACUUCAACGCGUGGGCGCAGUUCGGCAUGAACCUCGGCUCGCACUACUACCAGAUUGUCGCGACGGAGGGGUACCAGAGCAGCGGCUCUUCGGACAUUUACGUGCAGACGCAGUACAAGAUUGAGCUGCAACUGCACAAGACACGCACUCUCUAUCAAAUCGACGACGAAAUGAGCGUGGCACUUCGUCGCGUCUGCUGCAGAUGGCCUGACAUCCGAUCUACGACGUCCCUGACAGCCACUUGCCGACGGUCGCUGCCGUUGGUAGGAUCAGCAACACCCUUCCGCCCAGGUGUUCCGGUUUCCCGGGACGCACGAUACCAAGACAAUGGCCGCGCGUUCUCUGUCUGCCGCGCCCUGCAGGCCCAGGGCAUCGAACCAGACCCAGCCGCCAAGGCCAAGGACUUGAGCCACAAGGCUGUUCACGAGGAGGAGCAGGAGUUUAGCGAAGAGUUCGCCCGACGAAAACAGGCUCAUCGCCCGUGGCACAGGGCUGGCAGCGAAGCGGAGCCGCCGAGCUCGUCGCCUGACCCAACGCACGGCGACAAGACUCGAGGGCGACUGCUCACUACACCGACGCGGCUGCUGAAGCUCAUCCUGCCCCUCCCUCUGCACGCCGACAAGGCAGACCGAACCCUCAAUGACGAAGACAAAUCCGAGGCUGCCCUCGCGAGGGAGGAGCACGAGGAGAUCCAGCCGCUCGCCCUGCUCAUACACCCACACCAGCCGCUCUCGUACAUUGAGCGUCUUCUGCAGGCCGAAGUCCCUCCCAUCAUCGACGGCAACGUGCAGCGUCCUCCCGCCAUUUCGUUCCGCGCUGAAGCAGACCUCGGCGAGGACGAGAGCACGACGAAGAAGCCGUCGAAGAAGACGAAAAAGGGACAGAUCAACGCGACGAAGAAGCCAGAAAAAGGCAACGUGUCGUCGUACUCGGGCCUCGGUCACGACGGGCCCGAGCGCGCGUCUUCGGAGGCGAACUGGGUCAAAUGGAGCAGUAGCACAGAGAUUGGCGACUUUAUCCGCGACGCGGCGCGCGGGCGCGAGUUCGCCGUCGCCAUUGAAGGGUACGACAAGGAGCUGCGGGUGGCGGUACCGAGCUUCAACGACCGGACGUACUACAUGCGGGUGCGGCUGCGCAAGAUGUCGCGGCGCGUCGAGUCGCAGGCCAAGAUCAAGCAGGACUGCGACGAGCUGGCGCACAAGGCGGUGCACCGGAUCGCGCAGGGCGGCUUCGCCAUGCUGCUCGGUUGGUGGGGGACCGUCUACUACGUGACGUUCCACACGGACGCCGGCUGGGACCUCGUCGAGCCCGUCACGUACCUCGUGGGUCUGACGACCAUCAUGGGCGGCUACAUGUGGUUCCUCUACGUCAGCCGAGAGCUGAGCUACAAGGCGGCGAUGAAGGUCACGCUGUCGAAGCGGCAGGAGGCACUGUACGCGGCGCGCGGGUUCAACUACGAGAAGUGGGAGGGGCUCGUGGACGAGGCCAAUGCGCUGCGCCGCGAGAUCAAGAUGGUGGCCAACGAAUACGACGUCGACUGGGAUGAGAUGGUGGACCUCGGUGGGGAGGAGGUCAAGGAGGUGCUCGAGGAGGAGAAGGAAAAGAAGAAGAAGAAGAACAGCGGCAAGAAAGAAGACGAGGAGGAAGACGAGGAUGACGACGAAGACGAUGCUGAGCGCCAGCCGAAGCGGUCUGGUGAGAAGAGCGGCACCAACGGCAAGGAAAAGCAAGGCGAGCGGGACUGA